CGGCCGGCCGCGACCCGGAAGUAGAGGAUGGCUGUAGCGUUGCUACGUCCCAGAAGACAGGAAAAAGGAGGUAAAGGAAUGCUGUUUUUGACGUCAAGUUGGGAUGCAUCCACCAAAAUACUCAGAGAAAGAGUUUCCACAUGAUAUGGCUUCUUUCAGCUUUUCUUGCACGGAAUUACUAAGGAGCGUCAUCUUAAUUAAACAAAUGCAAAAUUUUGUUCAGAGGUCAUUACAUUUCAAAGUUCCUAUUUGUACUUUUGGUUCUGGCAGAAAUGCUUGUGCCUUAUGAAUCUGUGACAUCUGGCUGGCAGUAGAAGUCCUAGCUGUGUGUGUAUGCUCCCUGUCCUGAUCAGGCUCCCUGUCCUGAAAUGGGUAGGAUCAGCAUCUCAUGUCUGUUUCCUGCUUCCUGGCACUUUAGUCUUUCCCCAGUUGGGUGCCCUCGGAUACUGAACACCGUGUUACGACAGAUUGUAGUCAUUGGGCUACUGGCUGCUGUAUUUUUCUUGCUGUACUAUUCUGUUUUAAAAUAUAGCAGCCAGAGGGACAAAAAGAUGCAUAGGUAUCUUGCUCGAGUAACAGACACAGAAGCUACAGAUACCAACAACCCCAAGCUGAACUAUGGCAUCAUGGUGGACUGUGGUAGUAGUGGAUCUAGGAUAUUUGUUUAUUGGUGGCCAAGACACAAUGGUAAUCCACAUGAUUUACUGGACAUCAAACAAAUGAGGGACAAAAACAGGAAACCAGUGGUUAUGAAAAUUAAACCAGGCAUUUCAGAAUUCGCUACCUCUCCUGAAAAAGUCAGUGACUAUAUUUUUCCACUUUUGAGCUUUGCUGCAGAACAUGUGCCCCGUGCAAAACACAAAGAAACACCUCUCUAUAUUCUCUGCACAGCAGGAAUGAGAAUCUUGCCAGAAAGCCAGCAAAAGGCAAUCCUGGAAGACCUGCUGACUGAUAUCCCAGUGCAUUUUGAUUUUCUCUUUUCGGACUCACAUGCAGAAGUUAUUUCAGGAAAACAGGAAGGAGUAUAUGCAUGGAUUGGCAUCAACUUUGUCCUUGGCAGAUUUGAACAUACAGAUGAUGAAGAUGAUGCUCUGGUAGAGGUGCAUAUACCUGGCAGUGAAAACAAGGAAGCCAUUGUUCGAAAGAGGACUGUGGGUAUACUUGACAUGGGUGGUGUGUCAACUCAAAUAGCGUAUGAAGUCCCUAAAACUGUAAGCUUUGCCUCUUCACAGCAGGAGGAGGUGGCCAAGAAUCUCCUUGCAGAGUUUAAUUUGGGAUGUGAUGCUCACCAAACUGAACAUGUAUACCGGGUCUACGUAGCAACGUUUCUUGGCUUUGGUGGGAAUGCUGCCCGGCAGAGAUAUGCAGACAGCAUAUUUACCAAUACAGUAUUUAGAAACAGGCUUCUAGGCAAACAGACUGGUAUGACUUUGGAUACCCCCUAUUUAGACCCUUGCCUGCCUUUAGAUAUUCAAGAUGAAAUCCAGCAGAAUGGGCAAACGCUGUAUCUCCGAGGGACAGGAGACUUCCACCUGUGCCGUGAUGUUAUUCAGCCUUUCAUGAAUAAGACAAACGAAACACAUACCUCCUUGAAUGGCGUCUAUCAGCCUCCUGUGCACUUUGAGAACAGCGAGUUCUACGGGUUUUCUGAGUUCUAUUACUGUACUGAGGAUGUGUUAAGGAUGGGAGGAGACUACAAUGCUACUAAAUAUAUUAAGGCUGCAAAGGAUUAUUGUGCCACAAAGUGGUCUGUUCUGAGGGAACGAUUUGACCGUGGACUUUAUGCAUCACAUGCAGACCUUCAUCGCUUGAAGUAUCAGUGCUUUAAGUCAGCCUGGAUGUAUGAAGUGUUUCACAGUGGCUUCUCUUUCCCCAUAAAUUAUGGAAACUUAAAAACUGCAUUGCAGGUCUAUGAUAAAGAGGUGCAAUGGACAUUGGGGGCUAUCCUUUAUCGAACACGAUUUUUGCCUUUGAGAGAUAUACAGCAAGAGAACUUCCGAGUCAAUCACUCCCGUUGGCACAGCUUCUCCUUUGUUUACAACCAUUACCUGUUCUUUGCCUGCUUCUUCGUAGUGCUGCUGUCCAUUUUGCUAUACCUGCUGCGCUUGCGGCGGAUUCACCGGCGAAUGUUGCUCAGUGGCUCCUCUUCUUCCCUCUGGAUUGAGGAAGGCCUCCCAUCACAGAAGAUCCCAGGGGCCUUAUAAAGUGCUGAACACUAGCCUAAGACUUGCUCAAGAAAAGCCAUUGUUUUGCCUCAGGGUUCUUCUCUCAUCCCUAGAAACCAUUGUCUGGGCCUCUUGCUGCAGUUUUGGAAUCAGGAGGAGGAAUUUCAACCCCCAUCUGGAAAACUGAGGGGGAAAAGCAGGGUCAAACUUGGCUUGGCUAUACUGAGGGAACAGCAGCCAAAAUUAUUUUAUAGCUGUUACCUUAAUAGUAAAUGCACUUUGUUGGGGAAGAGGGGGGGGGGGUCAGGUGGGGCAGUGAAGACUUGAUGCCAGUAAAUGAAUAAAGGGGCAAGUAGCAAACUGAUUUGCCCUCGGUAACUGAUGUGAUUGUUCUCUUACUAUGUGGUAAGCUCACGUCUUGGCUUUCUCGUGGAUGAAAGUGACUCCUAAGGCAUGGAUGGAAAAUACAUGGCUCUCCAGAUACCAUUGGACUGCAGUUCCAGCAAAGUGUGUGCUGAGGAGAUGAUGGGAAUUUCAGUUCAGAAAUAUCUGGAGGGCCACACAUUUCCCAUCCUUGUCCGAGGGCUUCCAGCUAAGGUCCACUGUUUGACAAUAUGCACCUGAGCCACUCUGGUCAUUGGUAAAGUACUCUUUGAUCCAUGUCUUCCUGGUAUGAUCAGCAAACAGAAGCUUUAGCAACAUUUUCCCAUAAUAUUCCUUGGCUAUUUACUCCAAUUGAUUUAUUAAAAGCCUUUAAUGUUAUUUAUUUAGCAAUAGAAAACACUCCCAGACCACCUGCUAAAAAUUAAUAAUGCGGCAGCCCCUGCUCACACCUCCACAAAAAGGGAAAAUUAGAACACUUAAUUCCUAAUUACAAAAUCCAUGUGAUAACCUGUCUCUUGUUGAUCUGCACAAGAGCCAUUGACCCUCCACUAUAGGAAAGUUCAAUCAGAGGCCACAAAAAUUACCUUAUAUACUCGUAAUAUCAGUAUCGCAAACAAUACAAAUAGCGGUGUGUUAGGAAGAUACUGCCAUCUCCUGGCUUCUUAGGCUGGGAUCAAAGAGCAGAAAGGAGCAAACAGCAAGGUAAAUGCAAGGAGAGGAGAGAACUUCAGUCUAUCCCCAGAAAAAGGAGAUUUUAGCUGAGGUAAUGGGAUUUCAAGAGCCUUUUACUUGUAUAAGCAAUUGAACACGACUCUUUAACUGCUUAUACAAGUAAAAUCCUCUGUUGCUGCAUCAGCUGGAAGCAAGGAUGUUAAAGAGGUCUUUACGUUUGGCUCAUUUUGCAUAGGAUGGAGCCGGCCUAAAAUCCUUGCACAGUUCAAAAUGUCAUCUCUUUUUCUAAGAUGCUGACCAGAGUUUUAAAUACAGAGAGUGACCUGUAGUCUUCAUCUGAAAAAUGGAGAUGUGAUGCUUGCAACAUCCUUGCAAUAUUGUCAUAGAGAAAGUUUUGCAAAACGCACCGAUGACGUUGAACUGUCAAGUUUGGCUGGGGUGUUCUUUGUGUGCUUGGGUAGCAGCAGUUGUGCUGUGGCAGAGAUUGUGUGUACCUGUGAUAUUUUAUUCUUUCACCUGACAGUAAAGUCUCAGUCAUUCUGUGUAACGAAGAAUCAGGAAAGAAUAUGGAGCACUAGAACAAUGUGUCUGCUGGCAUUUCCUCAUUUCUGGCUAUAGAUGGCCUUUUUUUACUUGAAAGAACAUGUCCAUAAUUUAAGCUGUCAUUUAUGUUAACAUCUCAUAAAAUACAAGCUUUAUCAUAUUAAAAAACAGCUUCUGGUUUCA